AUGGAAGUCCCUACGAACAAGAAUCCAACAAUUUUAAUUGUUGGAGCAGGUAUAGGUGGACUUAGUUUCUAUCAUUCAGUUCGAAAAAAUCUUGAUAAAAAAUUUAAUGUUAGAAUAUUCGAUCGUGAGACAAGUCCUCAAGAUCGAUGGCAAGGUUACAAUAUCUACGUUAAUAGAAGAGGUAUUACUUCUUUACUUUAUUACACACCAGCUGAAGUUCAAGCUCGUCUUUCCGAAGCAAUACCAAAUCCAACCCCUAAGGAACAUCAUGCUAUAACAAUUGUCGAUCAUGUUGGGAGAUACCUACUUUAUUUUCCACAACAAAACUUUAAAAGCAUCUACGAAAUAGAACCUCUUAAACAUGAUUUUGCCGGUAUGGUUACAUAUCGUAAUAGAUUAAGAGAUGUUUUAUUGGAAGGUGUCGAUGUCCAGUGGGGUAAAAAAUGUGUUGGAUAUGAAGAAUGUGAUAAUGGUGUUUGGGCAUUGUUCGAAGAUGGAACAAGAGAAUUUGGUGAUUUAUUAAUUG